AUGGACCCCAACAGUGCCCUGCUGACCGUGGAUGAUCAAGAUAGGAAGAGCCUGAUAGCCUGGUGCACUGGAGAAGAGGUAGUUGGAACCCCGGGUUAUAACAGUAGUACAGGUGUUAUUCUAGAACACUGUUCCCAGCAGCAUCUGCAGUGCAUCCAGCCUUGUGUGACUGGGUCCUCUGCAAAGGUUCGUAUGGACUUUCCAGGCCGGAAAGCUCUUCCUCACAUUCUGCGACUACUUUCUUGGACUGGCCCUGUUCUGAAGAAAGCAGGAAUCCAAGAGAUGGAAGUGAAUGCUCCCAGUGAGAUGGAAUGGCGGACCUUGCCUGAGAACUUCCAUGCCCCACUGGUAUUCUAUAUGGAUGAGAGUCUGGAAGAGCACAUAUUUGGUCACAGGGACACGCAUCUUCGCUGCAUUGAGGUACACAGCUACACCCUCAUUCAGCUGGAAGGGUGGUUCACAGGCUCAGGCCUGACUCGAGUCACUGUGGUGGGGCCUCUCAGAUCCAAGCAGUGGUUGAUGGACAUGAUCUGGAGCGUGGGGAGCCAGGAAGUUCACCAUCAGGCCCGAGGCCAGGCCAUGUUGCACCAGGUCCGGAACCAUCCCCUGACCACAGCUGACCUCGAUGCCUCUCUCAGAGUACAGUCAUACUGCUGGGGCCUGUCUCCUGCUAACCCCUGGGAACAUAGGAUAUAG